AAAAAAAAAAAAAGAAGUGUGGCCAUGGUGGUCGUCAGUUAGCCUGCUAGCCACUUUAGGCUGUUUAUGACCAUGGCGAAAUGUGCAGUGAAAAGGGAUAUUUUGUAGGUCGACGGAGGAGGGUUUGGCGGGGAUGUGGCUAAAUGAUGGGAAACAUUUUUGGGAGAAAUAGUCGACCUUCUCGUGUAACGGAACAAGACAAAGCCAUUUUGCAAUUGAAGCAGCAGAGAGAUAAGCUCAAGCAGUACCAGAAGAGAAUCACCGGGCAACUGCAGAAGGAGAGACUUCUUGCAAGGCAGUUGCUAAAAGAUGGCAGGAAAGAAAAAGCACUGCUGCUUCUUAAGAAAAAACGAUAUCAGGAUCAGCUGCUAGACAAGACAGAAAAUCAGAUUUCAAACCUGGAGCGCAUGGUUCAAGAAAUUGAGUUCAUGCAAAUUGAGAUGAAAGUCAUCGAAGGGCUUAAGGUUGGGAACGAUUGUCUGAAGAGUAUGCAUGAGAUCAUGUCAAUAGAAGAUGUGGAGAGAAUCCUGGAUGAGACCCAGGAAUCAAUUGAAUAUCAAAGGCAAAUAGAUGAAAUGCUGGCUGGAGCCCUGACACAGGAGGACGAGGACGCUGUUUUAGCAGAGCUGGAAGCUAUCGCUGAGGGAGAAGAUGUAACACUUCCGGAGGUCCCCACUGAGCCAAUACCAGAAGUCCCAGAGGCAACUAAAGCUGAACCAGAGAAGAGAGAAGCAAAGAACAAGCCAGGCAGAGAGAUGCUGGCAGCCUAACAGACUGAAUGAGUGGUUGAUGUCCUGGUGUUGGACUCCAGAAAAACGGAGCAGGCUGUCUUUGUUCUGAAAUUCUGUCAAUUUCAGUAUUUCAUCUUUAAUUCGUAGUAGCUGAAGGUGGGACCUGCACACAUCCGCGCACCUUUACACAUUUUACAGGAUCAGCACUGUGUCUGUACUUUAGUUCACUGUUCCCCUGACGUAUGUAUAUAAAGGAAGCGCAAUGUCCUGUUCCUCCAUGUCUGACUUGGAAUAGCAUAGCAAGGUGACAUUGUAACUGUGCUGGUUAAGGCAUAACUGAAUGACAGGACUAAUUUUUAGAUGUUUUACACAUUGAAUUCAGUUGUUUUAUGUAUUAAAUGGAGCUGUGGCAAUAAUA